AUGCAAUCCAAUGUCGGUAACUCUCAGGUGUACAACGACGGCGACCAGAGGACGAGCAAAGGUCAGCAGGAUGUCCAGCCCGCCUUCGAAGGGGGCCAGCAGAACUCCCAUAAUGUCCUCGACUCCAAGGACCAGCGCAGCCUAGCAAAUACUCUCGCCGCUGCAGAAAAGCAAGCACAAGACGAGAAGCCAUCACGGGUGUCCGUCGAGGACCAUACCGCUCCAGCUGAGCGUCACGGUAACGAGCCAUCAAGGGGCGCGAAGAUCGACAAGGAGCUGCAUGCGGAGGAGGAAGAGUUGAUGAAGAAGAAGGGCGGUUUCGGUCCUUCCGUAUAG